AUGCAGUGUAGAGAAGAAUUGGACCAAGCCAUCCUUCCGUCCCUUCGACAUCCUCUCCACCCUCUGCGGGCACCCUGCCUCAUUGAAUGCGAAGGACCUAACCGAUUUCAGCUGCUGAUCUGUCGAAAGGGCAUAGAACGGGAGUACCCUGCUUGGCAAGCACCACGAGACAAGUAUGGCAGAGCGUGUGGCCGCAUGGCAGGAGACGUGGGACUCGGAAGACUGACUCUUGGUUCCAACGUCGCCGCUAUCGGUGGGCCCUUGAGUGAAGGUUUGGUUAUUUGUCCGUCUCGGGUAAGUAACGAUAGCUACCUCAACCUCGAAGUCCUAACCAAUGCAUAUGAUACACAUCAUGAGCUCAAUGACCACACAAAGAGAAGCAGACCUCGCAAACGAAGAGAUGCGGUCCAUAAGCUGCUGUUCUUUUCGCUGGAGCUCCUGACGCAUGGCCUCCUCAGACUCCUUCUCCCGCCGCAGUCGCACCUGAUCCCACUCAUUUUCCAAGCGAAGGACUUCCCUUGUCAUCUCAAGCAGCUCUCCCCGCUCCUCAAUUCUCUCCUCCAUCUUCUUUCCAGGUUUGAGGUCCCGCAUACUCCGGAAGUAUGUCUCAUUCUUCUUGUACUCCUUCGUGUUGAGGAUGUUUUCAAAGAAGAUCUUGAGACCCUUCAUGUAGAACACAAAGCUCUUUUCCUCGUCCUUGUCAUUCAUGGCUACUUCUGCCUCUUUGAAGACCUUCUGGACGGACUUCACAACGCUACGAGUGAAAUGAAAGCCAUUUGA